AUGUCGGAGCCGGUGCGGAGCACGCUGGGGUCCCUGCCCCUCAGCCGCCUGGCGGAGCCGCUGCUCCGGAGGCUCAGCGAGCUGCUGGACCGGGCAGCGCCCGGCAAGGGCUGGCGGGACCUGGCGCAGCGAGCGGGGAGCCGGGGCAGGGUCCGGCUGAGCCCUCUGGAUUUAGAACAGUGUUCCCUCAAAGUGCUGGAGCCAGAAGGAAGUCCCAGCUGGAGUCUCCUGAAACUACUGGGAGAUCGCGGUUGCACUGUGGUGGAGCUUGUGGAGUUCUUGCAGGCCCUGGAGCAUACAGAGGCUCUCCAGUGUCUCAGCCAUUCAGGUAUAAAGAUUGUUGUACAGCCAGACUCUCAAGCAGUGCUCUCUGGUCAGGUCGUCAAGCUGUGUUGUUGGGCAACAGGACACCCAUUUGUGCAUUACCAGUGGUUCAAGCAGGAAAAAGAGGUUCCCCAUGGUAAUUCUCCAGAGCUGGUUUUGAAUCCAGUGAACGUAAAUGAUUCUGGCUUUUACAUCUGUCGAGUGAACAGUGAAUCUUCCUUUGUAUUCAGCCGGUGGGCACGACUUGAAGUUUGUGAUCUCCAGGGUGCAUCUCAUGGGAGCUUAAUUGGUUUGCCUGAAAACAAGUUGCGCAUUUGUAUUCAGCCUCAGCCACAAAACCUGACAGUGGGGGAUGCUUUGGUACUAGAAUGUGGAGCUGUUGGAAACCCAAUUCCUCGUUACCAGUGGUUCAGAAAUGGAUUUCGCUUGGCAAAUGGGAGCAAAAAUGUCUACAUGGUAACUUAUGUGGAUGUGGAACAUCAAGGGACAUAUUGGUGUCAUGUAUUCAAUGACCGGGAAGAUCAAGACAGCAAGAAGAUAGAAGUCAUUAUAGGAAGGAAAGCUAUGGCAGUGGAGUGCACAGAAGAAGAUCUAAGUGAUCUUCAAAAAUCAGCAGACCUACAAGAACAGUCAGAUCACAGACCUGUUGCAACAGACAAGGUAGCUCUGUUAAUAGGAAAUAUGAGCUACUGGAAUCACCCCCAACUCAAGGCUCCAAUGGUAGAUGUCUAUGAAUUGACCAAUUUGCUAAGACAGCUGGAUUUCAAAGUUGUUUCUUUGCUGGAUCUUACUGAGUCCGAGAUGCGAAAUGCAGUGGAUGAAUUUUUACUUCUCCUGGACAAAGGAGUAUAUGGUUUGUUAUACUAUGCUGGCCAUGGCUACGAAAACUAUGGAAACAGUUUCAUGGUUCCUAUUGAUGCUCCAAAUCCCUACCGAUCUGCAAACUGUCUGUGUGUGCAGAACAUCCUCAAACUAAUGCAGGAGAAAGAGACAGGACUUAAUGUAUUCCUACUGGAUAUGUGUCGGAAAAGAAAUGAAUAUGAUGACACAAUUCUUAUCUUAGAUGCUCUGAAGGUUACAGCCAACAUUGUUUUUGGAUAUGCAACGUGCCAAGGAGCAGAAGCUUUUGAAAUUCAGCAGUCGGGGUUGGCCAAUGGAAUCUUCAUGAAAUUCUUGAAGGACCGUUUGUUAGAAGACAAGAAGAUUACUGUACUGCUUGAUGAGGUUGCAGAAGAUAUGGGCAAGUGUCACCUUACCAAAGGCAAGCAAGCUUUGGAGAUCCGCAGCAGUUUGUCUGAGAAAAGGGCAUUAACUGAUCCCAUUCAACAAACCGUAUCUUCUGCAGAGUCUCUGGCACGGAACCUACAGUGGGCCAAAGCUCAUGAGCUUCCAGAAAGUAUGUAUCUUGAAUUCAGAUGUGGUGUUCAGAUUCAGUUGGGGUUUGCAGCCGAGUUUUCCAAUGUCAUGAUAAUCUACACGCGAAUUGUAAAGAAGCCACCUGAAAUAGUAGUUUGCAGAGCCUACGUUACAGACUUUGCCCUCGACCUGGAUGUGGAUCCUAAAGAGGCUAAUAAAGGAACUCCUGAGGAAACGGGAAGCUAUUUAGUAUCAAAGGACCUUCCCAAACACUGCCUCUACACCAGGCUAAGUUCACUGCAAAAACUAAGGGAACACUUGAUCUUCACUGUUUGCUUGCACUAUGAGUACCCAGGAAUAGAAGAUACAAUGGAUGAAAGAAAGGAAGUUAAUGUUGGGAAGCCCCUUAUUGCUAAAUUAGGCCUUCAUCAUGGAUUCAAAAAUAACAACUGUCUCCAGACCUGUUGCAUGGCUAAUAAUCCUUUUCAUAAUCAAAUAGAAUCAAGUCCGGUGGCAACUAAAUACUACGUCCCUAGUCAUUGCCAACCAAAUUCCUGUCCCGGCAUUUACCAUCCAAACCGUAUUUGCUCAGACAGCAUCAGACAACCAGCGGCAUGUUCUUGCAAUGGGACUUCAAGGAUAUUAGCUUCAAGACAUGAAGUACGGAAUUACUCACCCCCUGUGGAAAAGAGUAAUGUACCAGUAGAGACCACUGAUGAUACUGCUGAACUGGAAUUCCUUCUCUCUAACAACCUCAGAUUCUCUAAACAGCAGUAGCUGUGAUGUGUUCAGAAUAGACCAGAGUAUCAUCCUUGAAUAGGGGACCUUCCACACUGCUUAUCCAUCUUCUGGAGUUUGGGGGCUUCAGGACAAAGGGAUUGGAGUGUCUAGAGGUGGUACUGGGAAUGAGGUUAUGAUGAUAAUUUUUCAGAUCCAAAGAGACAAAACUGGACUGAUAGAUUUAGGAAUGAAAAAGGCAUGGUUUUUAUUUUUUUCUCCUACCAUUUGACAUUUGAUACAGGGAAAAACCUGAACUCCUCAGAGUUUCCUGUUCCAUUCUCUGGCAGUGAAGCAGCUAACGAACAGAAGCAAUCACGCAGUUCUGGGAGGAAGUUGCCUGUCUCUAUUAGGGGAUGAAUGCAUAAAAGCCUGGCUGUGGUGUCAGAGUUUCUCUUGAGAUAGUAAAGCCUUGGAUCUUCCCAGCUGCUUCUCCAGUACCUACUGGAGUUAUAAGAUUUACUGUAAAUGCAUUUUUCAUAAAUCUGUUUUCAGAGAGGAAUUGCUCAUGCUAUACAAAACCAAGAUAAACAUGUAUAGCUGUCAGAGGAAGAAAUGACAGAAUUAAGCAGGAAAAUGAAUUUCCAUGUCCUCUAUGAUUUAACAUUAUUUUAAAAAAUCCAUUAGCCCCAAAAUGAUAAAUAUACGUUUCUCUCAUCAUCUUUCAGUUUCAGUUGUUCAAUAUCCAGGGAUUUCUUUUUACAUACUGCAUUAAAAUAAGGUUUUAUGUGUUUACAUAUGUUGCAACAGCCUCCUAUUGAGUAUAUAAGAUGACACAUAAUGUAAAUGAACUGAGCAAAGAGGGAGCUUUUAUAGUGAAGAUACUGUGUUUUAAUAUUCCAGUGUUAAGAAUGUGUCUCAUUCAAGCCUCAGUUUCUUUCCUUCCUCAUGUAUGUAUUAGGAUCAGUCACGGACAUUCCAGUCCCUUGGAUGUAGCUAAUCAUCAGCUUUGACUGCAUUCUCCUCUCUCAUGGUCAGAUGUCCAGUGUCUGGCAGCAACUGACAGAUGGAUGAAGAGCUGUGCAAGGAAAACAAAACCUGAACUGAGCUAGUAAACUAACAUUAUCACUUUUUUUUUCUUUUCUUUUUUUUUUUUUAAGAGAACUACAAAUCAUCAGAGGGAGCAAAGUCACAGAUUCAUACUGUGGUGGAUUGUUCUUAUUACAAUAAUCUUUCUCUUAUGUAACACACUUAAGAUUUUUGCUGAUCUGAUUUCUGGAAAGGUGGUCUUUUCAUGUUCUGGAAGAACACUAAAUGGACGUGUGGGGAAGAAGUGCCUGUUCAUAGCAAGCAAAAUAUUGUAUAGUUAGUCAUGCAGUAAGACAUGCUGAAGGCUAAAAAUGAAUGGGCAAAAUGAGUGAAAACUUUGGGGUUCUUCAGGCUGAAGUACAGGGAUGGUGUUCCUGGACACCAGCCGUUGCUUUUCUGUGGUGAUUUUAAAAAGCAAACAAACAACCCCUACUCAGUUGUUUUCCAGGCCAAAUGAAUUUAUAUUCAUUCAAAGAAAAAUGCUAAAAAUCUACCCUAAAACUGUGAAGAUCCAAGAUAAAGCUUCCAGCACACACAAACUUAUAAAAGAUAAAGCAACUUCAAAUGCAGUCUGCUGAAGGUGAGGGACACUUUGUAUAUGGCCCUACAUGUGUGCAUUUGCUCUGGAGCUCAAAGGUGGAGUUCUUCUCUCCAUAGACCAGGUGCCAGAAGUAAGCUAGUCUUCUAGGUCCUUUAGCCUCUGAACCCCAGAAUCUCACUAUUAGAGGUAGAGGCAUAGGCGCCUUCCGAAGACAGUUGAUCCUCUGCUGAAAAGCAAAUGACCUACUUUCAUAUGGCGCAUUAUUGGUUCGUUGAACAAAGGGAACAGAUAGACCUAGCUUGGGCUAGCUGCCAAGCUUUUUACAUGAUGCAAAAUUUAUUGAGCUGUCUUUGGGAAAGGGCAGUUUUGCUCACCAAACUGUUUUGCAUAUUCACGUUGAAUAGUUUGGUCAAAAAAGACAUAGUAGUUUUUUUAAUGUUUGGGUUUGUUUCAAAAUACUGAAGAAUCUGUGACUUGCCUAUGUGUGUCUGUGGACGAGUGUGAGAACACUGAUGUUUUAUUAGGUCUUUAAAAGUCUUGAUGCUUUGAAAGCACGAAAAUAUUGGGGUGUGUGGUAAUUAAAAUUCAAGGGAGUUUUCAGAUAUGGGUAGUAGCCUCUCCUGCCCUGGUAAUAUUGAUAAGCAGUAUUGCUUUAAUUAAGAUCCGCAUCAUGAAAUAAUUUUUUACUCUAGAAAAAUUAUCAUAGCGCUUUUCAUUAAGUAGGUAGCAAAAAAUUAAAAUAACUGAAUCUCAUUGAUGUGGUGGACAAACCAGUUUAAAUCUUCAGUUGAGAGUGCUGCCUUCUGGUGGGAUCUGGUAGUCUUACAGCAUGUUGGCUGGACACUGAGGGAGGUGCUCUACGUGGUCAUAACAAGUUUCAGAUGGGAGUGUUAACGCAUCAUUAACUAGAUCCGUUGAUCUUCAAAUUCAUCUGUGCUGAAAGGUGGAUAUAUGUACAUGGAUAUUAAUGUAGUUAUUUCCAGAAUGUCAGCCAUGCUUGAAGUAAUCUGCAAAUGAGCUUGAGUUUCUGAUUUUCUCCUGGAGGGUAUUAAAUAGCGAAAUAUUUAUUGAUGAGUGAGAUGUACCUGUGCAUUAACUACCCUGUGCAAUUGACUUAUAAAUCAAAAAUUAUAGCUUGAGACAUGGUCUAGUACUGUAAUAUUUAGCUAAUACUUUGUCGCAGUUUCCUAAUUUGUAUAAAAGUUUAUUCUGUUUCUUACUGUGUAAUAAACUGUUGU